UUGCUUGUCCUGAUUGUUCUGGAGCAAUGACCUCGGGGAAGGACGAACCUGGGCUCCGCGGAUGAUGCGGUUCUGGCAAAUCCACCAUGGCUGGAUCACCGUUCAUCUGCUUAGAUGAUUCAGAACGACACACCGACUUUAAGAAAAGGUCGAUGGCCGGAGCUCCUUGAGCCAUACCAUUAAUAAACAAACGAAGGCCUGAAACACGGUAGUGGUUUCUUCCACUUCCGCUGGCGAUUCGUGGAGAGUCUUCCCUUCGCUGAAGUGAUGGCGAGGACGAGUCCCUGCCUCUCCUUGUUCUUCCUUUUCUGCUUUCUCUCCCUCUGCACUUCCUCUGACUCGGCAGCAUUCCGAAGGAAGCAGCGAGUCCCGGCCAUGUUUGUAUUUGGGGACUCCAUUGUUGACAACGGGAACAACGUCUACGUAGAUCCCAACAUAACCACCAUUUAUCUGCCGUAUGGAGUAGACUUCCCCACUGGUCCUACUGGAAGGUUCACCAAUGGAAGAAACCCCACCGAUAUCUUGGGCCAACUUCUGGGACUCCCUCGUUUCCUUCCUGCUGCAAAGGAUCCCAAGGCCAAAGGGAAGAGGAUUCUCUAUGGGGUUAACUAUGCCUCCGGUGGUUCCGGGGUUCUUGAUUCCACCGGCGGAAAGUCUGCAAAAUGCAUACCAAUGAACCAGCAAUUCAAGCAUUUUGAAACUAUAACGCUGCCAGAUCUGAGGACACAACUUAGCAAGAGAGACCAAUUAUCUUUUUAUCUGUCAAAGAGCUUAUUUGUGAUGCAUGCUGGAGGCAACGACUGUGGAUUCAUGUGUCGACAAACCAUUGGCCAGAAACAGAAACAAUGCGCUCCAGACGAAUUCCUGGAUUCUCUUUUGGCAAAUUUUACUCUUCAAGUCAAGAAAGUAUAUGAUUUGGGAGGUCGAAAGUUUGUCUUGUUUGGUGUCCAAGCAAUUGGGUGCAACCCUUUAUCUCGACAAGCUACAGGAAGAUGCAGAGAGGAUAUGAACAGGGUUGCUGUGGCAUAUAACUCCCGAUUGAGAUCUUCCAUAGACAAGCUGAAGCACGACAUGCCGGGAUCGAAUUUUGUGUAUAUCGACACCUACAGAAUCAUCAGAGAUGUCUUUGAUAAUCCAGCAUCAAACGGAUUCAAAGAAGUGAACAGGACUUGCUGCAUCACCUCGGGGUUCGGUUGCUUGAGGGGAAGCUCACCAUGCAAGAAUAGGAACGAGUACAUGUAUUUUGAUGGAGCACACUUUACCGAAGCUCUGUACAAGCAUUUGGCGAGGAAAGUAUAUCUGUCAGAGCUCCCAGAGGAAGUAUAUCCUUUCAAUGUUGCACAUCUUGCUGGGCUUGGUCCAGGCCCAGCUAUUUUGAAGGCUUCGUGGUCUUAAUACCAGACGAGCUUCAGUGUUUUUCGCGGUCCUUCUAGUUUAUAUAAUAAGACUGGUAUAUUUGUGGGCUUCUUAUGUACUGCUGUGCCUUUAACUGCAUCUCCUUUUGUAUCUUCUUAGUAAUAUGCCUGAUAAUGGAAGAAGUAGCGCUUUUUAUCUUCUCUUGAA